AUGAACACGAGUGUCAGGGUCGUAUAGUGCAACAUAAAAUUAUCAGAAAAUAUAAAAUAACUCGAAAAUGUGUUUUAAUGUAUAUAUAGAGCUCGGUCUUUUUUUCCCCUUUCCCCGGCUGUGAUGUUUGUCACCGCCCACAUCCUGCCCACUUGUUCAGGUGACAGCGUUGGCCGAACGCCCCUCCUCCCCCGGAGAUGUUAGUGCCUGUGGAUGACAGCACAAGCACAGCACCGGCUGUUUCACUUAGUAGUGAGGAUACUCCGCCGUCCUGUCUCUCUUCGUGCACGACCUUCUUAAUUUUCUCCUUUAAACGGUAAGAUUGAGCGGAACUGCGGAAUCUAAGUCCCGAAGGUGACGGAACGAGCUCAACCGAACUCCCGGGUCCUUCAACUGCAUCGACACCACAAACUGGUGCAAUGACCGAUUCGGUUGUGGACAGCAAGGCGGAGGUUAAACAGGCCACAAAAUAUGUCAAAGAAACCGAAAACGUGGCGGAAAAAUAUUCGGUGUUGACUGUGAGCAAGAACAGCAGCGACGUGAACAUGAACGUCGGGGAAAUGCCCUCCGCAGCGUUCACCGCAGUCCCCACUCUCAAAUCCGUUAAGAAGAUCCAGUUUGCAAACACAGAGGACAAACAGGAAUUCAGCAAGUACCCCACCAAGGCAGGCCGCCGCUCACUGUCUCGGUCCAUCUCGCAGUCCUCCACAGACAGCUACAGCUCAGCUGCUUCCUACACUGACAGCUCUGACGAUGAGACCUCCCCCCGGGACAAAACCCAGGUGAACGCUCACGGCAGCAGCGACUUCUGUGUGAAGAACGUGAAACAGGCAGAAUUCGGCCGUCGGGAAAUAGAGAUAGCAGAACAAGACAUGUCUGCCCUGAUCUCUUUGAGGAAGAGAGCCCAGGGGGAGAAACCUUUAGCUGGGGCAAAGAUAGUGGGCUGUACCCACAUCACUGCUCAGACAGCAGUCCUGAUUGAAACCCUGGUGGCCCUGGGGGCUCAGUGUCGCUGGACCGCCUGUAACAUCUACUCCACUCAGAAUGAAGUGGCUGCUGCUCUUGCAGAAACUGGAGUCCCUGUGUUUGCCUGGAAGGGUGAGUCAGAGGACGACUUUUGGUGGUGCAUCGAUCGUUGUGUCAACACUGAGGGCUGGCAGGCCAACAUGGUCCUGGACGAUGGAGGAGACCUGACCCACUGGGUCUACAAGAAGUAUCCCAGCGUCUUCAAGAAAAUCAGGGGAAUAGUGGAGGAGAGUGUCACUGGGGUGCAUAGGUUGUACCAGUUGUCCAAGGCUGGAAAACUCUGCGUCCCUGCCAUGAACGUCAACGACUCUGUAACCAAGCAGAAGUUUGACAACCUCUACUGCUGCAGGGAGUCCAUCCUGGAUGGGCUGAAGAGGACGACUGACAUAAUGUUUGGAGGCAAACAAGUUGUCGUCUGUGGUUAUGGAGAGGUGGGAAAGGGCUGCUGCAUGGCUCUCAAAGCCCUGGGAGCCAUUGUGUGCAUCACUGAGAUUGACCCCAUCUGUGCCCUGCAGGCUUGCAUGGAUGGUUUCAGAGUGGUGAAGCUGAGCGAGGUCAUCCGCCAGAUGGACGUGGUGAUAACGUGCACUGGAAACAAGAACGUUGUCACCAGAGAGCAUCUCGACCGAAUGAAGAACAGCUGCAUUGUUUGCAACAUGGGACACUCCAAUACUGAGAUUGACGUGGCGAGUCUGCGCAGCCCUGAGCUGACCUGGGAGAGGGUCCGCUCUCAGGUGGACCACAUCAUCUGGCCAGAUGGAAAGAGAGUCAUCCUGUUAGCAGAGGGUCGUCUGUUAAAUCUGAGCUGCUCCACUGUGCCUACCUUUGUGUUGUCCAUCACUGCAACAACUCAGGCUCUGGCUCUGAUUGAGUUAUUUAAUGCCCCAGAAGGUCGAUACAAGCAGGACGUGUAUCUGCUGCCUAAGAAGAUGGAUGAAUAUGUGGCCAGUUUGCACCUACCCAACUUUGAUGCCCACCUGACGGAGCUGACGGAUGAACAGGCCAAGUACAUGGGUCUCAAUAAAAAUGGACCAUUCAAACCAAAUUAUUACAGGUAUUAAUGAAAGCAUCAUCUGGAACACUGCUCAGAUCGUAGUUGCCCUGGAGUAAACAGAGAUAAUCUAUUUUAUUUUCUCAGUCACUACCAAACGGAGGAAUUAUUUUACAUAUUCCAAAUGUAACUUAUUAUUAGCACCAAAGUCAAAAUGUAAAAUAUACAGUAUGUGAGAACCUAUAGAAACAAUUUAAUAUAUAACAUAUAACAAUAUAUAACUAAUAUUUAACUAAUAUUUUGUCACAUACUUAGAAGUACUGCCUGCUGCAUGAUCUGAUGUGUAUGUAAAGAACUUGUUCUUUCCUUUAACCAAAUCACAAUGUUGUUACUUUGUUCUUUAAUGCAU